AAACCAGCACUGGAGCCAGAAACAACUAGGGAGCAGAGAGGAACAAUGGGGUUAUUCAGAGAUUCUAUUUUCCUCGUGGUGCUCUAUCUGAUGCAUGGGUCAAAUAGUUCCUUUGUUAAGCUGAAUAACAAUGGUUAUGAAGACAUUAUCAUUGCUAUAGAUCCUGGUGUACCAGAAGAUGAAAAGAUAAUCGAUCAAAUAAAGGAUAUGGUGACAACAGCUUCUACUUACCUGUUUGAAGCCACAGAAAAAAGGCUUUUUUUCAAAAAUGUAUCUAUAUUAAUUCCUGAGUCUUGGAAGGAAAAUCCUCAAUAUAAAAGGCCAAAACAUGAAAACUACAAACAUGCUGAUGUUAUAGUUGCACUACCCACCCUCCCAGGGAGAGAUGAGCCAUACACCAGGCAGUUCACAGAAUGUGAAGAGAAAGGAGAAUACAUUCAUUUCACCCCUGACUUUGUACUUGGAAAAAAACAAAAUGAAUAUGGGCCAUCAGGUAGACUGUUUGUCCACGAGUGGGCGCAUCUCCGGUGGGGAGUGUUUGAUGAGUACAACGAAGAUCAGCCUUUCUACAGCUCGAAGUCAAAAAAAAUUGAAGCAACAAGGUGUUCCUCUGGUAUCUCUGGUAUAAAUAGAGUUCAUAAGUGUCAAGGAGACAGCUGUGUUACUAGAACAUGCAGAACUAAUUCUACAACAAAACUAUAUGAAAAAGAUUGUCAAUUCUUCCUCCAUAACGUGCAAACAGAAACAGCAUCCAUAAUGUUUAUGCAAAGUAUUGAUUCUGUCUUUGAAUUUUGUAAUGAAAAAAACCAUAACCGAGAAGCUCCAAGCCUACAAAAUAUCAAGUGCAAUUUCAGAAGUACAUGGGAAGUAAUCAGCAAUUCUGAGGAUCUCAAAAACACCAUACCUAUGGAGGCACCACCCCCUCCACCUGCCUUCUCACUGCUGAGGAUCAGUCAAAGAACUGUGUGCUUGGUUCUUGAUAAGUCUGGAAGCAUGUCAGUUUCGGACCGCUUGAAUAGGAUGAAUCAAGCAGCAAAACACUUCCUGCUGCAGACUGUUGAAAAUGGAUCUUGGGUGGGGAUGGUUCACUUUGACAGCAUUGCUAGUGUUAAAAAUGAGCUAAUCCAAAUAAUAAGCAGCAAGGAAAGAAACCAACUCCUGGAGAGGUUGCCUACAAAAGCUCAGGGAGGAACUUCCAUCUGCUCUGGAAUUAGAUCUGCAUUUCAGGUGAUUAGAAAGCUAUACUCUCAGCUAGAUGGUUCGGAAAUCGUUCUGCUGACUGAUGGGGAAGAUAACACCGCAAAGUCUUGUAUUGAGGAAGUGAAACAAAGUGGAGCCAUCGUUCAUUUUAUUGCUUUGGGAGAAUCUGCUGACCAAGCAGUGAUAGAGAUGAGCAAUGUGACAGGAGGAAGUCAUUAUUAUGCUUCAGAUGAAGCCCAGAACAAUGGCCUCAUUGACGCUUUUGGAUCCCUUACAUCAGGAAAUGCAGAUCUCUCUCAGAAGUCGCUUCAGCUUGAAAGCAGAGGAUUAACACUGAGCAGCAAUCCCUGGAUGAAUGACACUGUAAUAAUUGAUAGCACAGUGGGAAAGGACACAUUCUUCCUCAUCACAUGGAGCAGACAGCCUCCAGCUAUUUCUCUCUGGGAUCCCAGUGGCACAAUAAUGAGAAAUUUCACAGUGGACACAGUUUCCAAAAUGGCCUACCUCAGUAUUCCAGGAACUGCAAAGGUGGGCAUUUGGACUUACAAUCUUCAAGCCAAAGCAAACCCAGAAACAUUAACUAUUACAGUAACUUCUCGGGCAGCAAAUUCUUCUGUGCCUCCAAUCACAGUGAAUGCUAAAAUGAAUAAAGACACAAACAGCUUCCCCAGCCCAAUGAUUAUAUAUGCAGAAGUUCUACAAGGAUAUGUACCCCUUCUUGGAGCCAAUGUGACUGCUUUCAUUGAAUCACAGAGUGGAAAUACAGAAGUUUUGGAACUUCUGGAUAAUGGUGCAGGUGCUGACUCUUUCAAGAAUGAUGGGGUCUACUCAAGGUAUUUUACAGCAUAUACCGAAAAUGGCAGAUAUAGCUUGAAAGUACGAGCUCAUGGAGGAACAAACUCUGUCACACGAAGCUUACGGCGUCCACUGAAUAAAGCUGCCUACAUACCAGGCUGGGUAGUGGAUGGGAAAAUUGAAGCGAACCCACCAAGACCUGAAAUUGAUGAGGAUACUCAGACAACCUUGGAGAAUUUCAGCAGAACAGCAUCUGGAGGAGCGUUUGUGGUAUCACAAGUCCCAGGUCUUCCCUUGCCUGACCUGUACCCGCCAAGUCAAAUCACAGACCUCGAUGCCCUGCCUGGUGAGGAUGAGAUCGUUCUAACAUGGACAGCACCAGGAGAUGAUUUUGAUGUUGGACAAGUUCAACAGUAUAUCAUAAGAAUAAGUGGAAAUAUCCUUGAUUUAAGAGACAAUUUUGAUGAUGCUCUUCAAAUCAACACUACUGGUCUGUCACCAAAGGAAGCCAACUCCAGGGAAACCUUUGCAUUUCAACCAGGAAAUAUCUCAGAAGAAAAUAUAACUCACAUAUUUGUUGCUAUUCAAAGUAUAGAUAAAAGCAAUUUGGCAUCAGAAGUGUCCAACAUUGCACAAGUAGCUUUGUUCAUCCCUCAGGCAGAUCCUAGUCCUGAUGAAAAUCACCAUAAUUCUGGAAUUAAUAUUGUUGCCCUGGUGUUGUCGGUAGCAGUGGUUGUCGUAGUUGUUGGUGUUAUUUUAGGUGCCGCCAUUUGUAUGUCAAAGAAGAAAAAAUCUUCAAGUAGACCUAGAACAGGGUUUUAAAAAACAAAAACAACAGAAAUAAAGAAUAUUUCUUAAUUUUAAAAUUCAUCUUGUGUGGUCAUAAACUCAUAAAAAGUAAGACAUCUGGAAAGGGCACCUCGAUUAAAUACAAACACCCAAGAAUAUGCGAGAAACUAUAAGUCAAUAUUAAAGUUUAAAGAUUUUAUUAUUUGUUAUUUUUUGCCAUAAAUAGUGAUGAAUAAAGAUCCUUUUU